UGUGCUAGAACCUUGAUAACGCUAACAGGAAGCGGACAUUAUAUUUAUACCUUGCUUUUAAUGAAGUGGAAAGGAUCGAGUUACUUUUCACGUCAGGGUCUUUUAAACAAUGGCUCCUGAGCAGCAUUUUAAAUUAGGCUCCGAUGUUUGUUAAACUAGCUCGCUUAAUUCCGGGAGAAAAGUUGGCCGUACCGCCAAACUCUUUAAGGAAGGAGCGCGUCACGUUCCAAGGCAGCAAAGAAACCCGCGGAAGGCGAGUAACGCGCCGGACCGGCCAGGCAUGUUCCGAGGGCCGCCGAAGAGGAGGAGGCGGCGGCGGAGAGGCGGAGUUGCCGAGCGCCCACCGGCCUGGAGGCGGGCGGGCGCCACACGUGUGGCUGGGAGAAGGCGGGCCGUGCGGGGAGGCGCUCUACCUGCGGCCGGCCCGGCGGGAGAGGUUUCUGGCUGAGUUGGAAGUCGCCCCCGACCGGCUGGGGCGGCCUCUGUCCCGCGCUCAUGGCCGUCCCAAGUUGGCGGCGGCUACUCGCCGUUACUGAGGCGCUGAGCGGCUCUCCUUAAAUCGCCUCCGAGGCCGACAAUGCCGCGCAGGCUGGAGAAAUUUUUGCAAAUUGCCCCGCAUUCCUUGGCUAUCGUGCUGAGCCCCGGCGGCGGGGAUGAAGCCGCGCCGCCCGAACAAGCCGCAGCCCGAGCGCACCGAGGCGGCGACGCCGGCGGGGAAGCGGGGCAGGGAAGCCGAGCGGAAGGCGAGCCCGCGGCGGACAGCGAGCUGGGGCGGCACCGCAUCGGCUACGAGAUCUUCGCCGACUUCAAGCAGGGCAACAUGCAGCACUUCUGGAACAAGAAGGUGACGGCGGCCGUGGCCGAGACCUUCUUCCUAGGCUGGAUCGACGAGCAGGUGCUGCUGAUCCAGGGCAAGGAGGAGCACCUGGAGGUGCUGCGCGAAGGUUGGAUGCGCAGGGCUCUCAAGCCCCCCGCCGGCUUCCAGAUCAAGUGCCUGGGAGUGUCAAAAUAAAGGCCCGGAGGCCAGAUCCGUCCUGCGGGGUAUUUAGAUCUGGAAACCCUGGAAACAGUGAAGGACUGGCCCACGGUGGCUCUGCCAGCGAAAACAGCUCGGAAGGUCCAGAGGGUUGCAGGAGGCUGUUGCAGCCGAAAACAGAGCUUGGGAGCCCGUUUUCUCCAGCAGAGCACUCAAGCCACCAUAGGUACCCCCGAUACGAGUAACAUCAAGCUGGCCACAUCCCCCCUGGCCACAUCCUCCCUGGCCCACUGAGGUCAAAGGCAACCCUGAUGCAGCCCUCAAUGAAAUUGAGUUUGACACCCCUGCUCUAAACCAUUGUACAGUUUGCACUGAGUCUCUUUGGUCUACAGUUGGUAAGCUAAUAAAUCAAAUAAAUGGACAAGGCAUUAUUUGGCUUGAUGCCUGCCCAUUUCUUGGCAGACAAGAAGUUACAUAUUAGCUUUAUUUGAAUAACUUCCUAUAUUUAGAUCAGUUUUGAAUUGUAUGUCUAAAAUUACUUAAAGCAUAAAAUGUGUUUAGUAGAUUUAUAAGGCUGCCCAGUGUCAAACAAUGUGAUUUUGCAUGGCGUAUAACAAAAUUCAAAAGCCAGGUCUUAAUGACUUCGCUAAAAGUGAGCAGAAUUGGGGCCUGUCAUAUAUAUGGGGGGGCGGGAAUCAUUCCUGUCACAGUUCUUAAGAUCCCUAAGGUGGCAAAAUUUAAAAGAGGAAAUCUGGAAUAUGCUUUCUAAGGGGAGGAUGGGCAGAUACCAUUAAAAGGAUUCCUAGCCACAACACGUAAGGCAGUUUUUUAUGGACUCAUAGGGCUGGAAGGGACCUUGGAGGUCUUGUAGUCCAACCUCUUGUCCAAGCUUUAUAUCAU